AUGGAGACGAUAAGCCCAAUCGCAGUUAACCACGCUGACUACGCCGCCCAUUAUACACUGCUCCUCAGUCGUGUCCUUCUUCUGUUGGCUACUUAUCUUCCUCGCAUGCCAGUGAAACUCAGACAGACACAGGAUUGGCUGAUCCAGGUGAUCCAAUAUGCCCUGAUCCGUUGCCACACUGCCUCCUCCUCAGGAGUGAAGCUGUCCUCAGCUUCUGGCUUGGUUCAUCGCACUGUUCAAGGUUCGACACUACCCGACACCCCACAUCUGGCAGAUCCAUUCGCAGUUGCAGUCCAGCUGGAUACUACUGUCCAAGUCGUCGUCGCUGAGUUGCCAAUGCCUCUUCAGAUGCAGUAG